UGUCAUUACUCAAUACGUUGUAUAUCACCGAUACUGAACGUACGCUUCAUUCUAUUUUUUCUACUCAUCAUAAUGUUACAACGAAUUUUAACUUAAGUUCUAUUAGUAGUUGAAUUUCACACAAGUUUAGGCCAAGUCAUCAAUCAUAUCAACAUUAGACGGAACUGUUUUUGGGAUGAAUAGAAUUGGUUUGUACAAUGAGGAAGAGUUGGAAAAUGGUGAAAGAAUCGUCAACAAUUUUCAGUCUUCGUUCGGUUCUCUUUCGCAAGUUGGUGUAGUUGUUCGUAAUCUGCUCCGUGGCCCGAAUACGGUUUCCCGAUGUAAGGGGAAUCCUUUGACGGAGAAGGGUAAACGGAUACAGCUUGUGAAGAUGCUCUUAUUAACUCUAAUUCCGAUUCUUUCUCUUACAUUACUAGCUGCUGUCGAUCUCAGUAAUAUUGUUAAAAGCAGCAGCAUUGAUGCCGAGGUGCGUAACGCCAUCAAAUUUAGCCGCGACAUUGGGGUGCUGCUGAGUCGUCUGCAGAAAGAACGGGAUAUGUCUGCUUUGUUUGCUAGUCCCAUCAGACCACAGGACAACAGUGGUUAUCUGACAGAAACGUACCCGCUCACAGAUACCGCUCUUGAAAAUCUUAAAAACUGGCCCAUAAAGACAAGUGUGCUUACAGCUCUACCGUUUUUUCAUGAGAAACAAGAUCUGAAGCAGCAUCUUGCGCGGCAUCGACAGUCUCUGCACUCCACCAACACCACGAUCUACGAGGAAAUCUAUUUCUACACCGAACUCCUACAGAUAUUUAUAGACUGGUUAUAUGAGAGCGUUGGAAACUCAAAGGGACAUGGUAUGUGGAAGACACUCGUCGCUUAUCAACUACUCGUGGUCAGUAAUGUCGAUACAGGUAUCGAGCGAACACUCGGCACUGUUUUCUUCACUCGCGGAAGUUUCGACAUACACAGUGACUAUGUGUGGUACCUUAAUAAAUACAAUGUUGGAACAUGGUAUUUCCAAGCAUCAAUGGGUUACUCGGAACGCAUCGCUCACCUCUACAGCGUUGAGAUGAAGAAACUGGAUCAGAACAUAACACAGACUAUAGACGGGAUGCGAAAUAUUAUACUGACAAAUAGUAAUAAGACGGGGAAUACUAGUCAGAUUUCUGUAACUAGUUGGUUUGAUAUAAUGACAAUGUAUAUCAACAUAAUGGAAAAAGUUCAGAAAGACAUGGCUCAGAACAUUCUUGACCAACUGAACCAUGAAAUAGACAAGGAUAGUGAGUCGAUAGCUAUCAGUGUCGCUUUGGUCAUUGCAGUUAUCAUCCUCUGUCCUCUGACGCUUAGAGCUAUUUUAACGACAACGAGGGACAUUCAGAAUUAUGCUUUAACGUUGGCAGUCCAGGCCAAAAGAGUUGACAAAGAAAAAAAGCGUUCCAAUUGGCUUUUGUAUUCCAUGCUUCCGAAGCUUAUUGCCGGGCAAUUGAUGUGUAACAAUGAAGUAAAAGCAGAGUAUUACGACCUGGUUACCGUUCUUUUUUCAGACAUAGUAGGGUUUAAUAAAUUAUGCUCAAUCAGUACACCAUUACAAGUUGUAGAGAUGUUGAACGGGUUGUACAUGAUGAUUGACUCCAGAAUAGAACGAUAUGACGUCUACAAAGUGGACACUGUAAAUGAAAAAUACAUGUUGGCAUCAGGAUUACCUACUCCCAAUGGCUAUACUCAUGCUAGUGAAAUAGCAACUGCAGCUAUAGAUAUACUAUACCACAUCAAUUCCCUCGCAGUACCUGUCAAUCCAAAAAAGAAAUUCACAAUACGGAUUGGUAUACAUACAGGUCCCGUGGUCGCAGGUGUUGUCGGUUUGAAGAUGCCUCGUUACUGUCUGUUUGGAGAUACCGUCAAGAUUGCAUCACUAAUGCAAACUAACGGAAUGCCCAAUCAUAUACAUAUUAGCAGAGAAUGUUAUCUGGUUUUAUCUGAUUUUGGAAAAUUUACAAUGUUAUCACGUGGCAGUGUCCGUAUAAAGGGAAGAAAAAAGAACAUGGAGACGUAUUGGCUGAUGGGACGUAGUGAUUUUAGCCGACUCAUCUCUACAGACUACAUCCAGUCGAUUAGUACAACUGGUCUAAAGGUUCAUGAGCAUCGUUACGAACACAUGUACGACCAAGUGUGCACGGGUAGGAUCCAACUGCACGGGACGUGGUCAGCAUCUGCCCCGUGUGAAUAACGUUACAAGUGCGAGGGUGAGAAGCAAGCGUACUGGGUAUCCCUAUUCUCAUGACUAAUUAAUUCUGUACGACAUCUUAGGGUAAUAUUUUCUAUUUGUUGACAGUUAUACUGAUUUAUCUAUGUGACGCACCGUAAUGACGUCAGAAUCGUAGGUUUUCAUUGGUCAAAUGUAAUCUUUUGGAUAUUAUUAGAUUUUUGUCUGGAUAUUAUUGUAGUCUCCUUUUCUCCCCGCCUUAAUGUCUAUCGACCUUAUAUCUUCGAUUGACAGCUCUAUGAAUAUUAAAGAAUGUAUAAAGCAGGCCUGAGAUCGGCAGACAUACAUGUAGGUGGCAAAGUAUUAGUAUGGUGUCCCUUAUAAUAUCUCCUGAAUUUUGCGUCAUCAUCAUUUUUUGUUUUCUUUGACUUGCUUUCAAGCAUAGCAUUCAUUCUGCAGCCUCCUUUACAGUUAUGCCUACACAGUAAUACCAUUCAUAGUCUCUGUAUAGGCCUAUACUCUUAUAUCCGCUAUUUUUAAAACUGGCUCCUCUUGACUGUUCAUAAAUUACUCAAUGAAUGAAAUUAAUAUUUUCUGAUAUUUUAUUUUUAUAUUUUGCUGUUGAUGAAUUUACGUGACACGGCUUCACUGACAGCUCAUUAGUCCUAUAUUACUUCAUUUGGAACAUUUCACAAUACUUCAUCAUCAUGGCUUCACAGCCUACAUCUCAGAGUGCUUGAGAAAUAUUUGUCUACUCACUGAUGCUUUAGACUUAGGCCUACUCUUGUAGUCACUUUGUGUGAACUGAACGUUUGAAAAAACAUCAGUCCGUAACCUAUAUCGUGUGGUCUGUAAUAUACCUUAUUGAAAAACAAAGAUUAAAGAUAUUUAAUAAUA